AUGGGGGUUGUGGUUUGGCGACUGGCAAGCAUAGAGAUCGAGGUCGUGAGCCGAAGCGUCGGCGUACUGGGAUCUGAGAUGCAACAUCAAUAUGGGCGACGAGUAGGAGAUAUCGAGAAGCUUCGAACGGCGUCAACAGAGGUAGAGACUCGAUUCUCUAUUUGUGCGGUGAGGCUUCAAUCUGCGGCGACGGUGGUGGAAGAUGCGUUGUCCGUAGGCCUGUCGGUUCGGUUCGGGUAA